ACCACUAGGUUAGCUCGCUUCCGCUCGCCAAUAAACCAAAAGGGACCACGAUCGCCAGAGCUUCCUGCUUGGCUGACGUUCAAUAUAUUGACUUGAUCAUUUCUCUGACUGGAACGGAGUACCGCAUUCUGCAGCCUGAAGAGCGACAUGAACGCAACGCAAUCAGUUUGUGUGCUGGUUAUUGUCCUCUGCUCUUUUCAGCCGAUACUCUCACAGACAAGCAGGUGUGAAUGCAAUGGUGAAGAAGUUGACUGUGAUGAUCCCUGUAUACGUAACGGUUUUGGAAUUGCUGGUGGAAUUAUUGGAGGCCUGAUUUUCAUAGUAGUAAUGUCAGUAGUUCUCUGCUGUGUUUGCUACCACUGCAAGAGACGUCAGCUGCUCCAACCACCAGCUGCAGCUGUUACCACGACAUCUGAUUUCCCAGCUAAUCAUUUUCACUCAAGUCACUAUUCAUGAACUCUUUGUAGAAACACUCUACUAUAAAAUUAACUGCUGUUGUGUUUGUUUUUACUCAUUGUUUUGUCUCACCCCUUCAUUUCCUUUUUAUCACAUAUGUGUUGGCAUGAUGCGUUGUGCAUAUCAACAUAACAACUUCUUGAAGGAUAGCUACUCUCUAUUAAAGUCUUACCAUGUUUCUCAAACUACAGAGCUAUAUAGCUACACAUUCUUUCACACUAACUAUGCAGAUUGACAUACAGUAUUAUUAAGCAGUGGAACUAGCUCCGUAGCCACGUUGUUUUCAGAUCAAGUCGGAUUAUUAAAGCAACUGUGUGAAAUGUGUUAAUCUUACAACAGACUACACUCCCAAAGUUACUUCAUCAGCUAUACACUCAAAUUAUCCCUUCAUUUGAUAUGUAGCUGUAAUAUAAAUUUCUACUCCUUUUGCUCACAUAAUUUUUUAAGGGGGAUCUUUUAUGUUAUAGGGCUUAUCCACGAUUAUACACUUAAAAACCUCACACUUUACUUUCUUGUGUGACG